AUGGCAUCUCAAAUUCAUUUCUUGGAUAUUAAAGGAAAACCAUUAUUAUCUCGUGAUUACAAAGGAGAUAUACCUACAAAUACAAUUGAGAGAUUUCCAUUAUUAUUAUUAUAUUUAGAAAAUUCAAUUGAUGAAGGAGAAUAUAAACCAUUUAUAAAUGAUCAAGGUAUAAAUUAUUGUUUUAUAAAUCAUAGUAACUUAUAUAUAUGUGCAUUAACAAGAAAGAAUGAAAAUAUAAUGACAAUUAUUAUAUUUUUAUCGAAUUUAGUUUCCGUCUUGACUGGUUAUCUUAAAUCAUUAGAAGAAGAAUCAAUAAGAGAUAAUUUUGUAAUUAUAUAUGAAUUAUUAGAUGAAAUGAUGGAUUUUGGUAUUCCUCAAACAACAGAUACAAAGAUAUUAAAAGAAUAUAUUACUCAAGAUUAUUAUUCAUUAAUUAAAUCAACUCCUUCACAUUUAGUUGCACCACCAAAUGCCGUUACUAAUGCAGUUUCAUGGAGAAAAGAUGGUAUAUUCUAUAAAAAGAAUGAAGCAUUCUUAGAUGUUGUGGAAUCCAUUAAUAUGUUAAUAAAUGCUAAUGGACAAGUUUUAAAUUCGGAAAUUUUGGGUGAAAUUAAAAUAAAAUCUCAUUUAAGCGGUAUGCCAGAUUUAAGACUAGGUUUAAAUGAUAAAGGAAUUUUCUCAAAAGAAGACAAACUAGAAAUGGAAGAUAUAAAAUUCCAUCAAUGUGUUAGACUUUCUAAAUUUGAAAAUGAAAAAAUUAUCACAUUUAUACCUCCAGAUGGUGAAUUUUCAUUAAUGAGUUAUAGAUUAAGUUCAGCACAAUUUUUAAUGAAACCAUUAAUUUUAGUAAAUUGUAAAACUAAAAUUCAUAAACAUUCAAGAAUUGAAAUUUUAUGUACUGUAAAAGCACAAAUCAAAAAGAAGUCAACAGCAAAUAAUGUUGAAGUUAUUAUACCAAUACCUGAAGAUGCUGAUACUCCAAAAUUUCAACCUGAAUAUGGUACAAUCAAAUGGAUACCUGAAAAAUCAUGUUUAGUUUGGAAAUUGAAAACUUUUCCUGGUGGUAAGCAAUUUUCAAUGAAGGCUGAAUUAGGUUUACCUGCUGUAAAUGAUCCUGAACAUUUAGUUACUAAAAAACCAAUAAAAGUUAAUUUUUCAAUUCCAUAUUUUACAACUAGUGGUAUUCAAGUUAGAUAUUUAAGAAUUAAUGAACCAAAAUUACAAUAUCAAUCAUAUCCUUGGGUAAGGUAUAUAACAAAGAGUGGUGAAGAUUAUAUAGUUAGAAUGAAAUAA